AUCACUAUGUGUGUUCAACCUCUAGGAGAUUGAAGAACUUGACAGGAAGCUGGAGUAUGAAAUGUUGCAUAAGGAAUCUGCGCAGCAGCAGCGACAUCUAAUGAAUAAGCAGAGGUGGACACCAGAUGGAUUGAGACCUUCAAAUGAAGCUGUAGAAACAAAUGUAGACAGACAGGUGACAUUUCUGCUAAGACAGGCCAUGAAUAGAUGUAUGGAAUUUAUAAACUUGCACCAGUACAGCUUGAGAGAUGAGCAAUGGAAUUGUAUGGUGCUUGAAGAUCUCUUGGAAAAUAUAGAAAUGGAUGCAUUUUCGGCACUUUAUAGUCAGGAGCUCCAACUGGCAGGUUAUUUAGCCAGACUGACCAGGGUACCAAUGGGGAUGUUGCACAGGAUUCUGAACUUGUUGCUGCCCUCCAGUACACAGAGUGAGGUUCUUUCUAUCCUUGAUUCCAUCGGUGUAUAUUCAGAUGCUGCUGAAAGUGAUAGUAAUGCAGACGAGUCUGGCAGCUGUAAAAAAAGGAGGAACCAAGAAUGGCAAGCACUGGAAUACAAAGUAAGGGAAGAUCUGAUAAGCAAAAGUUUGGAAAGGAUCCUUUCUCUAAACAGGAGAAAAGACAGCUUGAUAAAGAAGAAGCAACUUGCCCUUCUGGAAAGACCAUCAUUCAUUCACCUUGAAAGUUUGCCUACGCAUCCUCCUGUGGAACAGCCCAGUCCAGAUGUUUCUUUUAACAGUGUGACAGCUGAAGCCAUAGAGGUAUUAGACACAGGGGAGAAGAUAUUUUUGUUUCGUGACCGGAGUGAUCCAACACUUUCUUUUCAUAAUUAUCCAAGAAAAAAGAAAAAGAACUUUCUUAAUUCCAAAAAGGCUGCUCAUGCAAGUAUAAACUAAUGAGGGAGAGUUCCAGUUGGAGAAUCAACUGGUGAAGAGCGAGUUAUUUAAAAAUCAAAAAAAGAAUGAGAAAUAAUGAAGUGUGCAGUUUGAAUAGCACUUGGAUUGUCUUAAUAGCAUUUUUCUGACAUUGUAAAUGGCUGUUGUUUUAUAUUGGCACACUUCACAGUGAGCAUUAUGCAUUUUGUACUUCUUGACAGUGUAGGAUGCAACAGGUGGAAUAUGUUGUGUGUUUUGUGAUAUGCAUUCUGACAGACAGGACUCUGUGUUUCUUCAGUACAUUUUGGUCAUUUUUGCACUGAUUUUACUGUAGCUCUAUCUUCAUAAUUUAUAUCAAUUUAUUUAUUAUAUAAAGCAGGUACUGAUUUACUGUUCUUGUAUUUAUAUAUUCUUGUAACAAGCUGUGGUUCAGCAGAUGACAUGCAGAGAUAAAAUUCACAAGUCUUCUGCUCUCCGUUUUUCUGUUAGUCCAGCUAAUUUACUCUAUAAUCUUGUGCUGUUAAUGAGCUUUGAAUGUUACUGCUACUCUCUGUGUUCUCUGGUGAUAGCUGGUGGUUAAGAUCUUCAGCUCUUAGUUUUAUGUCCAGGAGUAUUUCACAUUUCACUAUUGUUUAUAAGCUUAAUUCAGUAGAGCAAAGAAUGUUGCUUCAGUUGGAAGCAUAAGGUUUAAAUCUUAAAUAUUUGUAACCUGUUGCAGUCAAUUUCUUGGUGAAACAAUACCGUAUAUGUCAGUAGAAAUGGGAAAAUGGCAAAUGCAGCUCUAUUAGCUUCACGAGCUUUUUUCUUUUACAGUGCUGCCAGCUCUCACAAUUUUAGGUGGCUAUUUUUGAAGUUCUUAUUCCCAAAUUUCUCUAACCUAAUGUCAGUAUUACUUUACAUUUUAGAAAAGAGUUAAUUUUCAAACUUUUCUAGUUGGCAGAAAGUCUGUAAAUAUGAAUCCUAAAAACAAUAACAGGAAAAGGUAAAAUAAAUGCAUAUGUUUGUUAAUAUUUCAUUAUUUUCUAGCCUAUUUUGUGCUCUUUUUUUUAAACUAUGUAAUGCUCUGAUGGUACUGUGAUUGUGUAUUUUGCAGUUUUUCAAGUAUGGAGUUUCUGUGCCUUUGUAUUAAUAGGAUGCCAAUUUAAUUUUAAAAAUAAAAAUGUUACUUUGUA